GAUAGCAGCGGCCGUGGAGGUGGCGCUGGGGACUGAUUUCUCUCGGAGGCCGGAGAGGAGCCGCGUCUGACUGAGGCGGGCAGCAAGCGGCCCCCUCGCUCCCUCCCUCCCUCCUCCGCGCCCUCCCCGCCGCCACCAGCCGUCAAACGCCAACCGCCGCUCCUGGGGAGGAGCCGCGGCCCGCGGGGCCGGAGCCAGGCCUGCGUCCGGACAUCAGCCGGAGCCGGAGCGAGAGCCGGGGCCUCGGCGUCCCCGCCCUCUCCCCGCCUCGGCCAGCGUCCGCCGGGCCCCCGCGCGUCGCGCCAUGGACUCGGACGAGGGCUACAACUACGAGUUCGACGAGGACGAGGAGUGCAGUGAGGAGGACAGCGGCGCCGAGGAGGAGGAGGACGAAGACGACGACGAGCCGGACGAUGAUACCCUGGAUCUGGGCGAGGUGGAGUUGGUGGAGCCCGGCCUGGGCGUCGGCGGGGAGCGGGACGGACUGCUGUGCGGGGAGACGGGCGGUGGCGGCGGCAGCGCUCUGGGGCCCGGCGGUGGCGGCGGCGGCGGCGGCGGCGGCGGCGGCGGGCCGGGGCACGAGCAGGAGGAGGAUUACCGCUACGAGGUGCUCACGGCCGAGCAGAUUCUACAACACAUGGUGGAAUGUAUCCGGGAGGUCAACGAGGUCAUCCAGUGCAUAUUGGGUACUUCCAGAAGUAUGAAUUCAGUGAUGCAAAGGACAGGCGGGCUGCAGCAGCAAAGAAUCCAGCAACUAUCACAAGAAUACUCCUUAGCCACUUCAAUUGGGAUAAAGAGAAGCUAAUGGAAAGGUACUUUGAUGGAAACCUGGAGAAGCUCUUUGCUGAGUGUCAUGUAAUUAAUCCAAGUAAAAAGUCUCGAACACGCCAGAUGAAUACAAGGUCAUCAGCACAGGAUAUGCCUUGUCAGAUCUGCUACUUGAACUACCCUAACUCGUAUUUCACUGGCCUUGAAUGUGGACAUAAGUUUUGUAUGCAAUGCUGGAGUGAAUAUUUAACUACCAAAAUAAUGGAAGAAGGCAUGGGUCAGACUAUUUCGUGUCCUGCUCAUGGUUGUGAUAUCUUAGUGGAUGACAACACAGUUAUGCGCCUGAUCACAGAUUCAAAAGUUAAAUUAAAGUAUCAGCAUUUAAUAACAAAUAGCUUUGUAGAGUGCAAUCGACUGUUAAAGUGGUGUCCUGCCCCAGAUUGCCACCAUGUUGUUAAAGUCCAAUAUCCUGAUGCUAAACCUGUUCGCUGCAAAUGUGGGCGCCAAUUUUGCUUUAACUGUGGAGAAAAUUGGCAUGAUCCUGUUAAAUGUAAGUGGUUAAAGAAAUGGAUUAAAAAGUGCGACGAUGACAGUGAAACCUCCAAUUGGAUUGCAGCCAACACAAAGGAAUGUCCCAAAUGCCAUGUCACAAUUGAGAAGGAUGGUGGUUGUAAUCACAUGGUCUGUCGUAACCAGAAUUGUAAAGCAGAGUUUUGCUGGGUGUGUCUUGGCCCGUGGGAACCACAUGGAUCUGCCUGGUACAACUGUAACCGCUAUAAUGAGGAUGAUGCAAAGGCAGCAAGAGAUGCACAGGAGCGAUCUAGGGCAGCCCUGCAGAGGUACCUGUUCUACUGUAAUCGCUAUAUGAACCACAUGCAGAGUCUGCGCUUUGAGCACAAACUAUAUGCUCAGGUGAAACAGAAAAUGGAGGAGAUGCAACAGCACAACAUGUCCUGGAUUGAGGUGCAGUUCCUGAAGAAAGCAGUUGAUGUCCUCUGCCAGUGUCGUGCCACACUCAUGUACACUUAUGUCUUCGCUUUCUACCUCAAAAAGAAUAACCAGUCCAUUAUCUUUGAGAAUAACCAGGCAGAUCUAGAGAAUGCCACAGAGGUGCUCUCGGGCUACCUUGAACGAGAUAUUUCCCAAGAUUCUCUGCAGGAUAUAAAGCAGAAAGUACAAGACAAGUACAGAUACUGUGAGAGUCGACGAAGGGUUUUGUUACAGCAUGUGCAUGAAGGCUAUGAAAAAGAUCUGUGGGAGUACAUUGAGGACUGAGAAUGGCCCUGCAUAAAAUGAACUCUGAAAACUUUACCAUCUAGAGUGCUCAUGCAAUUAAAACAAAACAAACACAAACAAGGAGGCACUAAGCCUAUUCUGACACCACUGGUCUGUAGUACCAGAAUUGUUUUGUUAACGGAAAGUUUAAGUAAAUUAUAUUGUAAUAAAAAAGGUAGAUAAACCAUUGUA